AUGUUCCUGGUGGAUCUGGAGGCACUAGGGUUAGAUGUGACGGUGGAGCAGCGUCAGGACCUCACCAUGAUGGAGGAUCACGCAGCGACCCAGGAGAAGCACAUCCCAUCAGGCUAUCCCCUUCAGAUACCAGUCGAUGACGGAUCGGAUGAGCCUGUUUCUGAAACAUCUGACGCUAAGAGCACCCCAACUACGGAAGAUGCCACAGCACCUUUAGUGGAGGAAGGAGACCACGAGGAUCAGGGUGGUGUGGAACAGCACGGGGAGAUCCCAGAAGGAACCACAGCUGAAGAAGCAGGGGUAGGAGCCACCCCCAACCUGGAGGACCACGCUGCAGGAGAUGCCACUCAAGCUCCAAGGGAGCCAAGCUCUGCAAAGCCACAGCCUGGCCCUCAGGAACCUGUGGGAGAUGCAACGAAAAGAGAAAGCCAGCCCAGGAAGCUGGCAGCUGGGCUUCCUCAGCAGCCUCUGCUGGCACAUGAAACAAAGGCUACCACAGCAGCUCCCACCCGGAUCGAGGUCACCAUCCCAAUCCCCCUGGAUAUGUACCAAGGCUCCAGAGCAGCUGAAGGCAGCAGUGAGUUGUGGGAGCGUCGAGGCAGAGAAGGCAUCGGUGUGGAUCCAGCCCUGGGUCCUGCUGUGCACACUGAGGGGCUGGCAGGAGCAGGUGACACAGGGGACACCCAGGUUAAAGGUGAGCCAUCUCCUUUGUGUGUCAGAGCUCCUUUAAGAGAAGAUGCCAGUGGCCAGGAGAAGAGAGAUGAGGAUGGUGGUGUUGAUGAAGCUUCUGAGCAGAAUUUGCUUCCCCUGGUGGGUCAGAUUGCUUCACCAGGACCUGAAAUGGGCUCGUGUCCAGCAACAGCCAAGGAAGCUCUUGAAGAGCAUGGCUUUGGAGAAAAGAAGUCCAAAGAUGUCCUCAGAGGCAUCCCAAGAGAGGAUGAAUCUGACCCACGUAAGGUGGGAGAGGACCAAGAAGAGAGGAAACAGCCACUGAGGGGGGAGGAAGGUACAGAGGUCACCCCAUCAGAGCCUUCUCAAGUCAUGUCCCAGCCAGAAGCAGAGCCUAGGGAGGGAGAAGGUUCUGCACCCUUGCAAGAAACAGCUGCUGAGCUAAAAGGUGAUGCUGCAGACAGAGAUGCUGCUGUGGAAGAGGCUGUGCCAGACACAGGAGAACGUCAGACGCCCAAGAAGAAGCCCUCUGCCCAAGCUGCCAGCCGUGUCCCCCUGCUGCAAGGACGUAUUGACAAGGAAGGGACUGAAGCUGAGGAAAAGAAACCCAAGAAAUCCUCACCUUGCACUGCCAAACCCCCAGGUGCUAGACCCUCCAUCCCCCCCCACCGCAACACCUCCUGUAGCACAACCCCUCUGAGAGCAGCCUCCAGCCCUGCUUCCACCUCUAAAGGAGGCUCUCCUGUCACAUCCCGACCUGCCAGUACAGGAACACAAGAAACCAAAGCCAAGGGCCCGGAGGUGAGAGGUGGCACCAAGGCAGGCACACCGCGGAGCGCAGCCGGGCAGAGGAACUCCACCAAUGCCACACGCAUCCCAGCAAAGACCCCCACGGCCCCCAAGACACCUCCCAGCUCUGGCAGAAAGGAGCAGAAGAAACCACCUCCUGCAGCAGCCAAGUCCGAGAAAGCCCCCUAUUCCUUAACCCGUGGGGGCUGGGGCAGAAUAGGCAGCGAAGCCGGCCUGGCGGGCGCCUCCGUAGUCCUGAGGAAGGCCCUGAGGGGGCAGGCAGUGCAGAUAAUUAAUAAGAAGCUGGACUUUAGCAGCGUUCAAUCCAAGUGUGGCUCAAAGGAUAAUAUCAAACACAUCCCAGGAGGAGGCAGUGUGCAGAUAAUUAAUAAGAAGCUGGACUUUAGCAGCGUUCAAUCCAGGUGUGGCUCAAAGGAUAAUAUCAAACACAUCCCAGGAGGAGGCAGUGUCCAAAUCGUUUACAAGCCAGUUGACCUGAGCCAUGUCACGUCCAAGUGUGGGUCCCUGGGCAACAUCCACCACAAACCAGGUGGUGGCCAGGUGGAGGUGAAAUCUGAGAAACUGGACUUCAAAGAUAAGGUGCAAUCGAAAAUUGGGUCCUUAGAUAACAUCAGCCACGUCCCUGGAGGAGGAAACAAAAAGAUUGAGACUCACAAGCUGACCUUCCGCGAGAACGCCAAAGCCAAGACCGACCACGGCGCCGAGAUCGUCUACAAGUCCCCUACCAUCUCCGGAGAUGCCUCCCCACGCCGCCUUAGCAACGUCUCCUCCACCGGCAGCAUCAACAUGGUGGACUCCCCCCAGCUGGCCACGCUAGCCGACGAAGUGUCUGCUUCGCUGGCCAAGCAGGGCUUGUGAUCGGGGCACGGCGGGGCCGAGAGGAGA